AUGGGUAGAUGGGCAAUCGCUGUACACGGUGGCGCCGGAAUUGACCCUAACCUUCCGGUCGAGAGACAAGAAGAGGCGAAACAGCUUUUGACUCGCUGUCUCAACCUCGGCAUAGCAGCUCUGUCUUCAAACAUGUCCGCCAUUGACGUCGUUGAGCUCGUCGUAAGAGAAUUGGAGACGGAUCCUCUGUUUAACUCAGGGCGUGGAUCUGCUUUGACGGAGAAAGGGACGGUGGAGAUGGAAGCUAGCAUUAUGGACGGUACGAAGAGACGAUGCGGUGCCGUUUCGGGGAUAACCACCGUGAAGAACCCGAUCUCUCUCGCUCGUCUCGUCAUGGACAAAUCUCCCCACUCUUACCUAGCUUUCUCAGGCGCUGAGGAUUUCGCCCGCAAACAGGGAGUUGAGACUGUGGACAACGAUUACUUUGUCACGGACGACAACGUCGGGAUGCUUAAGCUGGCCAAGGAAGCUAACUCCAUCUUGUUUGAUUACCGGAUCCCGCUGCUGGGAUGCGCCGGUGCAGCUGCUACGGAAAGUCCUAUCGUGAUGAACGGUCUUCCAAUCAGCAUUUACGCGCCGGAGACAGUCGGAUGCGUCGUGGUGGACAGGGAAGGACGGUGCGCCGCCGGGACAUCGACCGGUGGUCUGAUGAACAAGAUGAUGGGAAGGAUCGGAGACUCGCCGCUGAUAGGAGCAGGGACGUAUGCGUCUGAGCUAUGCGGCGUGUCGUGCACUGGAGAAGGAGAAGCUAUCAUAAGGUCGACGCUAGCGCGUGACGUGUCGGCUGUUAUGGAGUAUAAAGGGCUUGCGCUUCAGGAAGCGGUUGAUUACGUCAUCAAGCAUCGUCUGGACGAAGGUUUCGCUGGACUCAUCGCUGUGUCGAAUAAAGGAGAGGUGGUUUGUGGUUUUAACUGUAAUGGCAUGUUCAGGGGAUGUGCAACGGAGGAUGGGUUCAUUGAGGUUGCUAUGUGGGAGUGA